CUCCUCCCAGCAGAACCUGCCCAUGCCACCUCCGGCGCCGGUGAACGCGGAGGCCCUGGUGGCCGCGAACAACAGCACCCUCGACGGGAUCCUCGGCGCCUACAACAAGAGUACGAAUGGCCUGGGCGCGGUCGGCUCCUCCGGGCCCGUCGGCCAGGAGCGGCGCGACCAGCUGGACAGCCAAGCGCCCGCUUGGAGCCCCGGUGACAGCAGCGAGAACGAAGCCGAGAGCGCGGACGGCAGCUUGCCCAGGCAUUGCCGCAGCUUGUCGGCGGACAGCCUUGUAGGGAAGUUCAAGUUUGGACCGUCCGGCCUGGAGCCGUCCAACUCCAACUCCAACUCCAACCCGCCGCCUCCAUCUCCGGGUCCGGGGCCGGGUGCUGCUGCUCGGCUGGCACGCAGUGGAAGUGGUUCCAUUGGUGGCGCCGCUGCUCUCUUCGCCAAGGAAUUCGCAAACAGUAAGGAAUUCAGUGAAGCAGAGAAGAAGGUUAUCAUGGACAGUGAGCACCUCGCGCAGAUUGUGCUGACCGAUCCUAAGAGGGUCAGGAGGAUCCUAAACAAUCGGCUGUCUGCUGCUAAGUCAAAGGAGCGCAAGGCAAAAUACAUAGUGGAGCUUGAGGGCAAGGUUCAGGUGCUGCAGGGGGAGACUAUGAACUUAUCUGCACAAGUGAAAAUGGUUAAGAAGGGCCAGGCUAGGCUUUCAAUUCACAACCAUGAGAUGAGAAUCAGGCUGCAAGCUUUGGAGGAGCAAGCACAGUUGAAAAAGGCUCUGAACGAAGCAUUGCAUGCUGAGGUCGAACGCCUAAAUCUGGUUGUUGCCGAGGCCAGUAAUCCUCAUAUGCCGAACAGUUCAGAGCAACGGAUGAGCUCCCAGAUGAUUCAGCUUCACCAGCUGCAAAUUCUGAGGCAACCAUCACAGCUCCAGCAAGGUCAGCAACGCCAGCGGAACUUCUAGGAUGCUUUCCCAAAUGAGAUCUUCCAAGGGAAAUUUGAUACGACAGAUUCGGUUAAAAAUACCAUAUGCUCUGGACAAUACUUUACUUAGGUCGCGGGAAACAAUCAUAGGAAGAAAAAAAAAACAUCUCUUGUUUUGUCGAAAUUAUUUUUGUUCAAUCCUGGGAAAAACUCCGGUCGAUUUUUGAACUGUAUAAAGUGUCUGUCUGUCCCUGUAGCUGUGUGCUGGAUUCAUCGGAUUAUGGUACAAUUCCUUGUGCCCCGACUUUGAACCGAUAACUUGAUGGAAA